AUGAAGUUACAGUUCAAUACUAAAUUGCAACCAUUACAGGAUGCUUUGGCAAAGUGCGACAAGGGCGCACUUUUCUGUGUGAAGGGCCAGAGUGAGUUGGCAAUGCCAAGGAUCGAGGUCAGUGAUGUUGGUGUACUGUCAUUCCCAGUGACACAGGAUCAGUUAAAGAAGAUGGUGGAACGUGCCACACGUGCACCAUAUGGCAAGGGAACAGAGACGAUCACAGACCUCAAUGUGAGACGUGUCUGGCAGAUACAGAACGCAGACAUCAACAUCAGUGGUGAGCAGUUCAACGUGUUCUUCAAUGCUGCCAUCAAACACAUCAAGGAUACGAUGGGUCUGGCUGGCGAGACAGUGACAGCAGAGUUGUACAAGAUGCUCAUAUAUGACAAGGGAGGCUUCUUCUUGCCACAUCGUGACUCUGAGAAGGCUGCCAACAUGUUUGGAACACUCGUGCUCUCACUGCCAUGCUCACAUCGUGGCGGUGACUUGUUCAUUGCUCACUCGGGCAAGCAGGUGGUGGUGUCAUUGGAGAACGACACUGUGUCAUCGAUCAAAUGGACAGCAUUCUUUGCUGACUGUCGACACGAGGUCAAACCCGUCACCGAAGGCAACCGAGUGUGUCUCGUUUACAACCUCAUGCGAUCAGGUGGUCACAAGCUCAUACUCAGCUCAGACUCUGGCGAGCUCAUAACCAAUGAGUUCAACAAGUUGUUCUGUGUCAGAAAGGCUAAGAAGGUGUACAGGCCAAAGGUUGUUGAUGAUGAGGAUGAUGAUGAUGAUGCAGUGGCCGCCAGAAAGGUCCAUGAUGACGAUGAAGAUGAUGAUGAGGAUGCCAAGGUGCUCAAGAAGGCCAAGACUUCACCGACAACUACAACAUCAACCAAGAUUGAAGGUGACAAAGAGAAUGACGACGAUGGCGAUGAUGAUGAUAAUGAUGAGGAUAUUGAUGCCGAGUUCAACUUGGAAGGAGCCAAGGAUAGAAUGGAAAAGAUUGUUUAUACAUUGCAACAUGUGUACUCGAUGGCCAACUUCACAUUGGAAUCACUCAAGGGCAACGAUGCUGUACUGGCUCGAGCACUAUUGGCCAUAUCCGACAAGGCCCAAAUCAAGAUUGGCCUAGCAUUCAUUCACCUCAAGGAAGAAGGAGGAUACUCGAAUGAGUAUGGAGGUCCUGAAUACUAUAAUCCAGAGGCAGAGUUGACGUUGGAGUAUGUCAAGGACAUCGAGACUGAUGAAGACAUGGAUUUGGAUGAAGAUAUGACAGUGGAGGAAUCAGAGAUCUUGCCCAAAGGCAGAUUGGAUAACAUCAAGCCAUACGAAGAGGAGGCCGAGGAGGCAACAGGCAACGAAGGUGGAACAUACGAGAAGUUAUACAGACAUUCUGCUUUGGUGAUAUGGAGUACGGCGUAUACCGGCGUGUUUACGAUGGUGGAGAACCCUGAUGUUGUAUUCCAAAUGUGGGAUGACGAGUUGGAGGAGAUGGGUGGCAUCGAUGCCAACCCAAGGGCGACACUGGAGCUGUUCUUCAAUAUGCUCGUAUGCCUCAACAAGUUACAGAAGAGCCCUCAACAACUCGAGUCAAUCUUAGCAAUUCUGGGCGAGAACUCAUCAAAUCGCUACUUGCCCAAGCUCAUCUCUUUGGCGAUUCAGUCAUAUGGGCCACAGUUUUCUGGGAGAUUGCAUGGGGAUAUCUUGAUCGAGAUACUACUUGAUCCAUCGCUGCGAUCCAUGACGCCCGACACAGUCUCCAAAACAAUCACUCUACUCUUGCGAUACGCGCCACCUGGUGGAGUGGUCGACUUGUGGUGCAAGAUGUUGGAGGUCCCCAACCCACCGGAACACCUGUCCACUCUACAGUUGCAUAUGGUACAUCAGCUCAAGGACAAAAUAUUCAUCUUGGAGCAAUGCGACAAACUCAUCCAGGCACUCAACACACACGCCAUGUUUGCACAAGAACGCCAAAAACUUGUGGACAUGACCUGUGCCAAGGCAACUGCCAUCAUGAACAUUGAGAUGGCCAAAGGCACCUUCCCAUCAUCGCUCAAGGAGAUUGAGCGAUUGCUCGGAUUGGUCGCCACAGGUGUCGCACCAAGCUAUGUGUCGCUGCCCCGGUUGAAGGAGCUGUUCAAGAUGGUCGUCCAAGGGUCUCCUCCAGAUCUUCACAUUAUGAUUAUGCGGACACCCUAUUUGAUGGCCUCCCCACGAUGGAGCGUAUCGUCACAGUUUAUCCAGACUGGGUAG